CAGAAAACAAACCAAAAAAUAUUCACAUAAUCACUUGGUUUCUUCGUUUUUUCUCUUUCCACUUCCAUAACCACUGCAACUUCCUCUCACUCUCCACAGCUCCCUACGCUUCCACAAACACAAACUUAAACGCUACCAUUUACAAUCACACGCUCUUUGUCUCAGAUCUAAACCCAUAAAGCUUUGCACCCUUUUGCUUUCCUUUGUGUUUGUUUUCUUAUUUUUUCCUCUUUUUCAUGUCAGAUAAGUAUAUCUGAGUCUGACGAUAAUGUCGAAGUCGGAAUCCCAAUCACGAGCUUCUAUCUCAUUUUCCCACGCUGAUCAUCAAUACCCAGAUAUGGAUACGAUGGUUCAGUUGAUUCAAGCGUUACAAAAUUCUGAAACACGAGAGCGUGCUCUUCUCCUUCUAUCCAAGAAUAGGAUAAUUCGUGAAGAGUUGGCACCACUGUUAUGGCAUUCUUUUGGCACUAUCACUACACUGCUACAGGAAAUAAUUUUAGUAUAUCAUUCACUGUCUUCUGCACAUCUCACAGAAAGAGUAUCAAACCGAGUGUGUAAUGCACUUGCUUUACUUCAGGGGGUAGCAGCACACCCCGAUACAAAGAUGCUUUUUAUUAAGGCUAAAAUACCUUCAUAUCUCCUCCCUUUUCUUAACAACACAAGCAAGGAAAAGUCUCAUGAGUAUUUAAGACUUGCCAGCUUAGGUGUUAUUGGUGCACUAGUAAAGGUCGAUGAUGCAGAAGUUGUACACUACAUUCUCAAUUCUGAAUUAUUUCCUUCUUUCCUAUGUUGUAUGGAGGUUGGCGCUGAAUUGUCGAAAACAGUAGCCACAUUUAUAGUUCAUAGAAUCCUAGUACAUGAAGAGGGCCUAAAGUAUUGUUGUAUUCUAGCGGACCGAUUUUUUGUCAUAGUGAAUGUUUUAGGAACCAUGAUUGAAAAACUUGCUGAAGAUGGAAGGCUUGUAGAAGAUCACUCCAAGCGGCUACUAAAACACAUUAUUUGGUGUUAUAAAAGGUUAUCAGAACAUCCAAGGGCAUGUGAUGCACUCAGAUCUUGCCUUCCCAUGAAGUUAAAACAUCCAUCCUUCAUUAACAUCCUUCGUGAUGAUGAAACGGCCAUGCAGUGCAUACAAAAGUUACUUGACAAUGUUGCAGCUGGACACUGGUCUAGACAAAUAGCUGGGCAGCCUGUAGCACAGUUACUUGGGCGGUUGAUCAGAGGCCAGAUUGGUUGAGCUAAUUUAUAGAAUCCAAGUUGUCAGUGAGAUUACAUAUACAUACAUGGAUAGAUGAUACGUGAUCGUUGCAGAGAUUAAUUAGUAAUUAACCGUACAUUCUACAAUUUAAAGAGUAGUUUUUUAGAAAAACUGGUUUAAGUAAAGCUAGUGGAUUCUUUCACUAAGAGCAAUUUCUCUCUCGCAACUGUGGGGAGUACAUGACUUUGGCUGAAUCUAAGGAGUUCAAAGGUUAAAUAAUAUGAACUAGAUUCAAGUUUG